AUGGGUCUAUCUCCAGCGCUUUCCAUCCGAUCUAGCGGCCUUCGCAAGCUCCCUGUCUGCGCGCGGGCUUCCGUGCGGGGUAUAGGAAGCUAUGCCAACUUCAAAAUUCCAACCAUCAACAAUGAGCCUAACAAACACUAUAUUCCGGGAACACCGGACCGCAAAGGACUUGAGAGUGCUCUUGCUGAGGUGAAACAGUCAGGCGCGAGGAACAUUCCACUCUUGAUUGGUGGCAAAGAAAUAAAUACGUCAAAUGUUUUAUCGCAAUACGACCCGUCGACACACAAAACCAUUGCCCAGUACUCAAAUGCUUCCAAAGCUGAUGUGGAGGCGGCGGUCAAGUCUGCUCUUGCCGCACGGAAAGACUGGGCUGCGACGCCAUGGGCAGAUCGAGCAAGCAUUUUCCUGAAAGCGGCAGAUCUCAUUUCAACCAAGUAUCGCUACGAAAUCAUGGCAUUAACAAUGACUGGUCAGGGCAAAAAUGCGUGGCAGGCCGAGAUCGACUCAGCGGCGGAACUGUGCGAUUUCUUUAGAUUUGGGGUGAAAUACGCCGAAGAGGUUUAUUCGCAACAACCCGCCCAUCACGCUUCUGGAGUGUGGAACCGUCUCGAAUACCGCCCACUAGAAGGUUUUGUAUAUGCUAUUAGUCCUUUUAACUUUACUGCGAUCGGGGGUAACCUUGCCGGCGCGCCAGCAUUGAUGGGUAAUGUUGUUGUUUGGAAACCUUCACCAUCCGCUAUUGCGUCUAAUCAUCUGGUCCACCAAAUUCUUAUCGAGGCUGGUCUCCCUAAAGACGUUAUCCAAUUUGUACCUGGAGACGCGGAGGAAGUUACUAGCACUGUUCUCAAUCACCCCGAGUUUUCUGCACUGCAUUACACUGGAAGCACGGCGGUGUUCAGGUCUCUAUAUGGGAAGAUUGCCAGUGGUGUCGCAGAAGGCAAAUACAAGAGCUACCCGCGUAUUGUUGGGGAGACUGGUGGCAAGAACUUCCAUCUGAUCCACAAGACUGCCGAUGUGAGGAAUGCAGUCGUCCAGACUGUACGGGGUGCAUUUGAAUAUCAAGGCCAGAAAUGUAGCGCGACUUCGCGUGCUUACAUCGCAUCAUCGAUUGCGGAUGAUUUCACAUCCCAGAUUGUAGAGGAAGUGAAGAAGCUCAAGGUUGGAGAUCCUACCGACUUCACAAACUUCUGUGGUCCUGUCAUCCACGAGGCGUCCUUCAAAAAGCUCACUAAAGUGAUUGAAGAAGCCAAAAAAGACCCUGAACUUGAACUUCUAGCUGGUGGAACAUAUGAUUCAUCUAAAGGCUGGUUUAUCCAGCCUACUGUGUACCUAACACAGAACUCUAACCAUCCUUUACUUUCUCGAGAGCUCUUUGGACCUGUUGUGGUUCUUCAUGUUUAUGAUGAUGCUCCUGAAUCCGCCUUUGCAGAUAUCUGCUCAACCAUUGAAAAAACAAGCGAAUAUGGACUAACGGGUUCCGUUUUUGCGCAAGACCGUAACGCUAUCCGUUUUGCUGAAGACGCUCUUCGGAAUGCAGCUGGUAAUUUCUAUAUCAACUGCAAAAGCACGGGCGCCGUUGUAGGACAGCAGCCGUUUGGCGGUGCUCGUGCGAGUGGCACAAACGACAAGGCUGGAAGUGUAAACUUGCUGUCUCGCUUUGUAAGCCUGAGAUCGAUUAAAGAGGAAUUCACGCCCACCUACCAGGUUGCCUACCCGAGCAACCAGAACUAG